AUGAGUAAAAGCAUUAAUUUAGAACGGUUGUUCUUAACACUUCCUCAGCACCACUGCAGGGAGGGGAGAAGUCGCGAGGUCGAGGUGCCGCGAACGACCUCUAGUCCCGUUACGUCGGUGAGGCGCAGCGCAAGGAAAGGGGGUGGAAGCAAAGAAGGCGGGGGAGGCGAGGCGGGAGGUGGUAACAAAGAUGGAAUUGAUGGAAGAAAUGUUGGCAGUUGUGUAGUGUCGGAGACAGUGGUGUUUGAGAUGGCACUAACGGAGGUGGCGGAAAGCGAAGAGGAGGAAGAGGUAGGAAAUGAUGACAAAGGUGGAAGCGUCGGUGAGGGCGACGGCAGUCGGGAGGAGGCGAUGACGAAGACACAGGCGGUAGAAGCUAUGUUAGUGGAGAUGGUGAUGACGGAGACGGUAAUGGUAGUGAUGGAAGGGGUAUAG